AUGUCCCGCCACCGUAACGUACGCAACCGCGCGUACUCAUAUGAGGAUGAAGAUUAUGACGAACACUACGACGACUGCGAGCCCAAUUCACCCAAUUCCAACGAAUUCAUGUAUCGUCGAGAUUCUCCCAGUCGUCAGCGAUCCGUCUUUUCCUUCGUGCAACAAGAUCCGACUUUAGUGGAGCAAAAUCUGAACAAUAUCAAUCAUUUUAUUGAAGACCCUAGAGAUGCUGAGAUUUUGGACGCCAUGAUACCUCAAGUACAACAAGUUAUUGGCAAUAGAUUUUCAUGCAACGAGAUGAUUCCGGAACUUCGUCGUGCCAAUUACGAUCUGGAUAAAACCGUGGUGGCUUUGCUGGAAAAAGGUGAAGCGACUCCGGUUGCAAUGGGUGGUGUAUUGCCAUUGGAGAUCCAGAUUCCCAGACUUGAAGCGGUGGCGCUAGCCGUUGACAAUGAGGAGACUCAAUUCAAGAAGGAGAUUAUCAUGCCUGCGCUGACCAAAGGCAAAGCUAUGGCUAUUGGAGGAGUUGUAAUGCCGUCACCAGUUUCUAAGGAGGUGGGAGAUGUGAAGAAGCCUCCGUGUUUGUCGACGGCAGAUGCGGUCAGUGCUGCACCCACGAUCUCACGGACACAGACUCAGUUUACACCAGCAGAGAAAAAAGCUUUUGAACGUGCCGAGUUGAAGACGCAGGAAAAAGCGAUAGCGUUGGAGGAAAAGGCGCGGAAUGGAGGCAAAACCAAGAUUAGUAUGGUAGUGAUUGGACACGUUGAUGCCGGCAAAAGUACCAUUACUGGCCAUCUGCUGUACAAGUUGGGCUACGUGAGCAAAAAACUGAUGCACAAGUACGAGAAAGAGUCGCGUGAGGCUGGCAAGUCAUCCUUUGCAUAUGCCUGGGUCAUGGAUGCUGACGACGAAGAGCGUUCUCGUGGUGUCACCAUGGACGUGGGUACGAGCUACUUUGAAACGGCAACCAAGCACCUCACCUUACUCGACGCGCCAGGACACCGCGACUUCAUUCCAAAAAUGAUUGCGGGAGCGGCACAGGCAGACGUUGCUGUGCUGGUCGUUCCAGCAGUGAUUGGUGAAUUUGAAGCAGCAUUUGAGAAUUCCGGACAAACCAAGGAGCACACGAUGCUUGUACGAAGUCUUGGUGUUUCGCAAAUGGUCGUGGCAGUCAACAAGAUGGAUAUGAUCAACUGGGAUAAGGAGCGCUUUGACAAUAUCGUGAAGUCAUUGUCUGCAUUCCUCACGGGCGCAGGAUUUCGCCCGAAAAACCUGCAUUUCAUUCCUCUCAGUGGCAUCACAGGCGCCAACUUGGAGAAAACUGGCGGAGUCGAGGAAUGCUCAUGGUACUCGGGCCAUUCGCUAGUCGAGGCGAUCGAUGCCUUUACUCCCCCUCAACGCCAGAUCUCCAAGCCGUUCCGGAUGACGGUCUCAGAUGUGUCCAAGUCAAUGAGCCUGGGACAAACUAUCACUGGUCGCAUUUACGCUGGUGCUGCCGCAGUGGGCGACACGUUCUUCUUGAUGCCAAUUGGACUUCCUGUGACGGUAAAAGGGAUGGAACAAGAUGGCGAGACCUGUUCCCUUGCUCGCGCCGGCGACACAAUCGAGAUGGGAGUCGCUGGAAUCGAUCCGUCGGCAUUAACUACUGGCAGCAUCCUCUGUUCUAUUGCGUCACCGGUGCGGCUUGCCAAGAAAUUUGAGGCCAAGAUUAUGACCAUGCCGUCGGUAGAGGUUCCACUAGUAAAGGGAACAUGCGUGACUAUCCACAUGCACAACGUGGACGAGCCUGUAAACAUCACACGGUUGAUUAGCAUCUUGAGCAAGACCGGCGAGGUCGAGAGGAAGAAGCCGCGUUGCAUCACCCGUGAGCGCUCGGCUGUGGUGCAAAUAACGUGCCAUCGCAAGAUCUGCCUCGAGGAGUUUGCAAACUACCGUCAGCUCGGGCGCUUCACGCUGCGCGAUCGUGGGAAGACGCUUGCUGCUGGUAUCAUCACACAGAUUAUCACGUAG